UCUGGUUUCUAUUCCCGCAAAACGCUCGGCUUCGUUCAUUCAGAACCACCUGCUCGGUGAGGUAACAUCGGUCUCUUUUGGUCCAUUCCAACACCCAAUCACUGAAGGAGAGGUACAAGCUUCCGCACGAUGAGGGACUACAAGACUUCCGUUCUCCCGCUUUCCUCGAAGCGCUUAAUCAUCUGCGGCUUGAUGGUCCUCAUCAUCCUCGCCGAUGUAUCGCAAGCGAAACGUGGUUGCUCCGCGUUUGGACACUCAUGUUACGGCGGCCACGGCAAGAGAUUCGAUCCCCAAGUACGAGACAAUGUAUUUAAGGGAAACGAUUUGGCUCUCAGCAACAGAAACCGGGGAAUUGAUACUCUGUGGUUGAACAACGAUCUUGCCGUACCUGAACAGAAAGUCGAAGGGCAACCGGAAAUGAUUCUACAGGAAACGCGUCGUCUGGACACCUCCAAGUUGGACAAUUCCGCGAUGGCCUACAUCAUGCGAUUAUGGGUGAUGUCGCACCAACUUCGUCGUCAACGGGAUGCGGAAUUUAAUAACAAGUAAAUGAAUAGGCGUUUCUAUUACACUUAAUUUCCAAUUAAACAAGAAAUAUGUGUAAAUUAUGAUUGAAAAUGUUAACAUCUUCGAGUCUGUUAUCGUAAUACUAUUAUUUCAAAGGAACUGUAAACAUUUCAAACGUGUAAUAUAUCGUGAUAAAUUGCAGACCACUUCCUUAUCUUAUUUUACCAUUUAAUCUUAUUUUGUUAAAGAGGUGUUCUCCUUUGUACGCGUCGUUGUUAGACGAUUUUCGGAGACGAAGGGCAGUGAGUAUUUUCGCAGAAUUAAAGGACGAUGCCUCAUAAAUUCUCAAUCUAUUGUCUCUACAUUCUCGAUUAGUAUUAUUUUAUUAUAAUAAAUUAAGGAAAUGUUAAGAAAUAAAUAAUUGAUCUAUUAGUAAUUUAGUAACUGUUGUAACUAAAUUAGUAACAUUUAUUAUUAAGUUUUAUUAUCCAUACAUCGAACAUUGAGAUCAAUAGUGACGUUCAAUUACAGUACAACCUCUUCAAUUAUACUAUGUAUUGAAAUUUGAAUUAAAAUGUGUACCUCUUUAGUAGACUCCGAAUAAAACAUUUAUCUGUUGUCAGUUUAAGAAAUAAGUAUGAAUUUCUGUUAUCACUGAAAUAUUCUGAUGACUUAAUAUAUUAGUGUAACAUUUGAUUUGAAUAUUUAGUGCAUAAGUUUAGUGCAUCAUAUUUCUGUAUACGAUUUCUGAUUAUAUGUUUAUACAUGAUGAUUCAAGAUUACAUGUGAUUUCUCAUAUCGAUCCUUGUUAAGUAAAAGACUUAAAAUCUUUUCAUGCGUAUUCGAUUGAAGAUUUAGAUUCGUGGUCCUGUAUCUUCAUACAUGUAAAAAAAGUAGUUCACACUUACAUUAAACUUAGACCUAUCGUAUAUGCAAUUUAUUCGUCCCGAUCGCAGCUACUGUUCUCCUGGUAGGAUAGUCUGCACAGAUGUACUGUACAUUCUGUUCUUUGCUAAGUAAACAGUGCGUUUCUUGCAUUUCCAAUGUGCGUUUGUAAGAAUAAGACAACUUGAGGUGAUUGCGUAGAUUUCGUAAUCCAUCACGCAUGAAAUUUGCAAAUACAAUUGCGAUAGUGGGACUUAUAAUGGACUCAGUCUAUAAAGGAUUUAUACGACAAUCAUUUUUUUUUUUGCGUAGAUUUAUGAACCCCUGGUAAAAUUCUUAGGAAGUAUGUAUAGAGAGUUAUUUCGUGUAGAUUGAAUUUAAUAAA